AUGGGCACGGUGCUCUCCCUGUCCCCCGCCGCCUCCUCGGGCAAGGGCGGCGGCGGCGGGGGGCUGCUGGCCGACAAGGCUCCGGGCAGGCUGCCGGGAAAGGGCGAGAGCCGGCUGAAGAGGCCCGGGGUGCUCAUCUCGGCGCUCACCUGGAAGCGGCUGGUGGCCGCCUCGGCCAAGAAGAAGAAGAGCACCAAGAAGGUGACGCCGAAGCCCGGCGGAGGGCCCCCCCCUGGGACCCAGCCCGACCCGCUGGUGGUGCAGCGCAACCGCGAGAACUUGCGCAAAUCGCUGGGAGGGCCGUCCGAAGGAGCCAAGCAGGGCCCGCUGGCCGUGCCGGUGCCCACCGUGCCCUCGGCGCCCCAGGAGCUGCACCCCGGCUCCGGUGGGGGAAAACCGCCGCCGCCCCCCGGUAGCCGCGCCCCGGGCUCGCCGCGCCGCGUGGUCGUGCAGGCGUCCACCGGAGAGCUGCUGCGCUGCCUGGGGGACUUCGUGUGCCGCCGCUGCUACCGCCUGAAGGAGCUGAGCCCCGGCGAGCUCAUCUCCUGGUUCCGCAGCGUGGACCGCUCGCUGCUGCUGCAGGGCUGGCAGGACCAGGGCUUCAUCACCCCAGCCAACCUGGUGUUCGUGUACCUGCUGUGCCGGGAGGCUCUGCGGGGAGAAGACAUCGGGAGCCAGGCUGAGCUGCAGGCCGCCUUCCUCACCUGCCUCUAUCUCGCCUACUCCUACAUGGGCAACGAGAUCUCCUACCCGCUGAAGCCCUUCCUGGUGGAGGGCGACAAGGGCCGCUUCUGGGAGCGCUGCCUGGGCAUCAUCCAGCGCCUGAGCGCCAAGAUGCUGCGAAUCAACGCGGACCCGCACUACUUCACGCAACUCUUCCAGGACCUCAAGAGCGAGGGCGAGGGCGGAGACGGGUCCAAGCACUGGACGAUCAGCCUGGACCGCUAG